GCCAUUGCCACGCCAUCUCGAACCCCAUGUUCUCAUGACGAGAGACUCUACGGCUUCUAGAUAUUCCAGGCAAAACGCUGCCACAAUCGUCUUAUUUGUACAGCCUGUGUUCACUCAAAGUCCCUCUGUGUCAACCUUCAGCAAUGGCGGGGCGUUCCUAUUUGAUAAUUGGAGCCGGUGUCUUUGGCGUUUCCACUGCUUACCAUCUCAUCAAGAAGUAUCCCAAAGCGUCGGUGACCAUUGUUGAUCGUGAUGCCUACGACGCCAACAGCCGUGUGGCAGCAUCAUGGGACUGGAACAAAGUUGUUCGAGCAGACUAUGAUGACAUAAUCUACUGUCAACUAGCCCUCGAAGCCCAGGACAUUUUCAAGUCAGAUCCGCUCUGGAAGCCAUAUUUCCACGAAACAGGUAUCUACUGGAUGUGUCGGAGCGACUAUGCACAGGAGGUUGUGCAAAACUACAAGAAACUCGGCAGAAAAGCCGACCUAUCGGCAGUGCCUGUUGAAGAGGCCCGAAAGCUGUUCGGUGGCCUGUUCGAAGAUGCCGAUUACACUGGAGUCAAGGAAGUUUUGAUCAACAAGACCAGUGGCUGGGGUGCGGCUGGCGAUUGCCUGCGCGCCGUCACUCGAAAGUGCAUCGAGCUAGGGGUCAAAUACGUCGUUGGCGACGUUGUAAGUUUGCAAUUCGAUGGAUGGGGCAACUGUUCCGGAGCCAAGACUGCCGACGGCCAGGUCUUGACAGCUUCGCAUACUGUUCUCUGCACGGGGGCAUACACACCCAAGCUGCUGGAGUACAGCGCAAAGAGUAGUGGCUUGUCCGCCUUGCGUGCUGGAAAUCGAAUUGUCGCGGGUGGAAUCACCACUGGCAUGACGACACUUGACGACGAGUCGUAUAAAAGAUUCGCUGCAAUGCCUGUGGGCGUCCAAGGCUAUACCGCUGAACAAGGUCCCUUCAUUGGCAGUCUUCCACCCACCAAGGACAAGGAGUUGAAGUGGUGGGGCGAGAAGAUCUUCACGAAUCAUCAGGAAGUCCUACCUGGCCAGAUCGUUUCGGCCCCUCCCCCAGAGAGAGACUACGGCCAGUGGAACGUGUCCAAGAAACUCGUUAUGGACAUUGACCACGCGAACCAUGUCUUCUACGGGCGGAAAGGCGCUAGUUGGAAGAUGGAGAAACAUCGCAUCUGCUGGGAUGCUUUCACCACGAGCUCAGAUUUCAUCAUUUCACCGCAUGCAGCAGCGAAUGGCCUGUACGUGGCUUCUUGCGGUUCAUUCCACGGGUGGAAAUUCUUCCCUGUGCUUGGAAAGUACAUUGUCCAGAUGCUCGACGGUGCACUCUCCCAAGAGCUGACAGACAAAUGGGCCUGGGAUCGAGAGCGGCCAGACCCUGCGCUAAACCCCGACUAUCCGAGGUGGGAGAUGAAGGAUUUGAUAGACCCAGUCAGAACUGCAAAACUAUAGUUAGCCAUAAUCAUCAGACCCUUACUGUACCGAAA